GAGAGACAGCGACUGGAGACCAUCCUGAACCUCUGCGCGGAGUACAACAAAGGAGACGGCAGCGAGCUGGAGCCGCUGGGCUCGGGGAGGACGGGUUUCCCCGGGGCGCUGAUGGACGGCUCGGGGCGGAUGCUGUCCCAGGAGAACAUCCUGGGAGGAACGCCGUCCCAGGCCACGCUGCGUCUGCUGCAGAGGCAGAGGGAGAGCGACGAGGAGAACCUGAAGGAGGAGUGCAGCAGCACGGAGAGCACGCAUCAGGAGGUGAGGACGUCUCCUGCUCUCAGCGCAGCUCUGCACAAUGGGGACAGACAGCACGAGGACUCAUUGGGUUCGGGCCGUCUGGAGCUCGGUUACCUGGAAGACGAGCGCGUUCGCGUUCUCGCUCGGAUCGAUGAGCUGAAAAGCCGGUUUACGGAGCUGGAGCAGCAACUCCAGGAGUCCACACAAGAGGCGGAGAUGGAGCGGGCCCUGCUGCAGGGCGAGAGGCAGGCGGAGCUGGACCAGAUGGAGGCUGAAACUGACAUCAUCACCCAGCUUCAGCACAAGCUGGACGAGCUGGAGAGCGCCAUCCGGAGGGAGAAGGACAAGGAGAGGGCUAAUGUUGAGGCCGAGCGCCGGGCCCUGCAGAGCCUCCAGGAGGGCUACGCUGAGUUGGAGAACCAGCUUCAUAACUGUCCCGAGUCCCUGAGGGAACAGUUGCAGGAACAGCUCAAAAGGGACGGAGAUGCCUUGGAAACAGGAACCAAAAAGUUUGAGGACUUGGAGUUUCAGCAGCUGGAGAGAGAGAGCAGCCUGGAGGAGGAGAGAGAAACCAUGAGCCAGCAGCUGCUGCAUGAGAGAGCCGAGUACCAUCGUAGCGUGGCCAAGAGGAAGGAGAAGGUGUCUGCUCUGGAGAGCCAGGCCAACCAGCUGGGCCUGCAGGCGUCUCAGGAGUGUGAGCGGCUGGCCAAAGACCGGACCCUCACCCUGCAAAUGCUCCAAAAGGAGAAAGAGAGGCUGUCCGCCCUGGAGAAAAGAUACCACAGCCUGACGGGAGGAAAGAGCUUCCCCAAGUCCUCCACUACCAUGAGAGAGGAUGCGCUCCAUGUCAGCGAGGCAGACCUGUUGUCGGAGGACGUCCACUCCUCCCAGCAUUCCCUCUGUCGAGCCUCUGCUUCCUUCUUACAUCCCCCCCCUCUCUGUCAGUUGUACCCCAGCAGCCCAACAGAGGAGUACUUGAAGCUGUCUGAUGUCCAUAAGCUUUACGGCAGCCCUGAAGGCAGCACGCCCCCCCGCUCGCUUGCUGUAGACGCUGAGUUAGCUGGCCCCGGCGAGGAGUAUGUGACAGUGGGCCAGUUGAGUCAGAUGUAUGGGAUGCCGCAGGUGGAGUCGUCCCCUACCUCCCCGCUUCGUCAGCCCCUGCGGUCUGGACCUGUAGACCCGGCCUUCUCCUGCCUCCCCUCUCCUCGCAGCUCCUCCCUCUCUCUGUCUGUAGAGUACCACUCUGAGAGCAGCAGGCCUCACCUGCCCAAGCUAGAUUUAGAGCAGUGGUACCAGGAGCUGAUGUCAGGCUCCCCUCAGCUCUGCCCCCCCCCUCUGCCAGCCAAGUCUCAGUCGGGACGCAGGCCUGUGCUGCAGGUGUUCCGCUCUAAGCUGGACAGUGAUCCGGGUCUGUCUUUGCAUCAGCCCCAACCCGGCUCGGCCCCCCCUCUGCAGCACGGAGCAGCAACGCUGGGACGCAACUCCAGCUCCAGGAGCCCCCUGCUGGCAGCCAACAGCACCGGCAGUCUGCCCAGGAACCUGGCUGCCACCCUGCAGGACAUCGAGACCAAGAGGCAGCUGGCUCUGCAGCAGAAAG